UUUUUUUUUUCCCUUAAAAAAAUGUCGAAUGAUACAGCAGCCGAGUCAAUAGAAGAGAUCCAGCGGACUGGUGUGAUAAUUGUUGGUGGCGGCAUUAGUGGUUUAUUCCUGGGUAUGCUCCUGGAGCGAUUGGAACUUUCUUAUCAUAUCUUUGAACGAGCAACCGAAGUUCGUCCGCUAGGCUCGGCAUUGACGCUUGGAGCAAACAUUCAACCAGCCUUUGAACAACUUGGAUUACUGGAACAACUUAAAGCCAUCUCACUUCCUUGUCCCUCCCUGGAACUGUAUUCAGACAACUUGGAACACAUUGGAUCUUUGAAUCUGGAGAAAAGGAAAGAAAUAUCGGGAUAUGACGAUCUGAUCUUUGAGCGCUCCAAGCUCUAUUCAUUGCUCCGGAGUCAGAUCCCAGACAGCAAGAUUAGUUAUGGGAAACGAGUUACCCGGUUAGAAGAGAAAGAUGGCCAAGUGUUUAUCCAUUGUGCAGAUGGUUUUGUCUGUCAAGGUGACAUGCUUGCUGGAGCCGAUGGCGCCUAUAGCAACGUUAGACAGAGUCUUUACGAACAAUUGGAAGAAAAAGGCCUUUUACCCAAAAUUGACACUGAGGAUUUUGUGAUCGGUAAUAUCGUCAUGGUUGGAGUGGCACAGCCCUUGAACCCUGAAAAGUAUCCACAACUCAAUGAUACUAAGGCACAUUUCUCAUCCGUUCAAGGAAAAAACAAACAAAUUCUUGCGCUGAUUUCUGCACCAGGCCAGCGCGUUUGUUGGUCGAUAGGGACUGGUCUGUCCGAGGCUGAGGCCAAGGAAAAGCGGUUCAAGAAUUCCGAAUGGGGUCCUGAAGCGAACGAAUUGAUGAUCAAAGAAUUUGAAGAUCAUCCGUCUCCAUGGGGUGGCACCUUUGGAGAUUUUAUUCGGAUGACACCUCCCCACUUGGUUUCCAGAGUAUCUUUAGAGGAGAAAAUCUUUCAAACAUGGUUCCAUGGAAGGACUGUGCUCAUUGGUGAUGCGUGCCACAAGAUGUUGACAGGAGCUGGUUUAGGUAUAUGUAUGAACUUAAAGACUUUGAAUAUACCUCAUCAUAAACAAUUAUAUAAACCGACAUAUUCUCCUACCUUCUUUCUUCAUAAUGCAAAGGUGCGGUAACUGCAAUGCAAGAUGCUGUGGUACUUGCGAAUUGUAUCCAUAAUAUGCCCAAUCGCUCUGCCUAUAGCAUUAAAGCCGCAUUUGAGGAGUACUACCGACAGCAACAUCAUCGUGCAGUGACCGCGUUUG